UGGAAGAUAAAAAGGUUGUGAAGAAUAUUGUUUCCAUUCCUCGAUAAUUUAUUCAAGGUUGUGAAAAAAAAAAAAAAAGGAAAUGCAAACCGCCAUAGCAAAUUUCAGAGGCGGGAAUCCAAUUCAUUGGAGAUUUUGAACAAAGGCAGAGUCCCAAAAUUAGAUUCAGAUUAUCUCAUACACUCAGAGGCAUGGACCAUUUCGGAGAGAAAAUGGAGUUGCUGAAACUCUCCAAGUUCAAACUCCAGCUCCGAUCUCUCAUCACCGAAGUCCGAGAACUCCGAGAAAGGGAACGCUCCGCCACCGAACAACUUCAUCUUCUUGUUCAGAAACAGAAGCAAACCGAUGAAGAUUACGGCCGGAAGUUGCAGGAAUUUCAAGCCGAAUUAGCUUCCUCCAAUGAGCUCCGACAAAAACUCCAAAGAGAGGUUAGUUACCUUCAGAAUGACAAUUCCUUGCUGGAGAACAAGCAAAAAGAGCUGAAGGCGACGAUUCAUAGCCUACUUCAGUCUAAGGAAACUUUCGUCACUGCUUAUGAGGAAUCCACCUGUGAGAUGAAACGUGCAAUUCAAUGCAGAGACAGAAAAAUUGCUGUCCUAUCAGAGAAGAUAAGUUCGCAUCUAUUGUUGUUUGAUUCGAUAGAAAAGGAGGCAAUUUCCGUAAAGAAAGUUGUGGCUGAUGUGCAACACCUUGUGAGUGAGAAAGAGGAAGUAGUGGCUGGGUUAAAGAGCAAAAUGGAUACUGUUUCCACAUUUGAGAAAGUAUUUAUUGAGAAGAUCUGUGACCAGGAAAAAGAACUGAGAAGGUAUAGAGAUGAGACUCGGAGAAAGGAUAAAGUCAUUUCGGAACUAGAGUCACAGCUCGAGGCAGCAAAAAUUAAUAAUAGCAACAAGACUCAAAUGGAAGAGCUUCAGAAAAUUAUAUCAGCACAGGAUGUGGUCAUACAGAACUUGAUUUCAGAAAAACAGGGAUUGCAUUUUGAAGUUGGAAGUUUGGGCACAAUAUUAAGGAAGAUUCAAGACACUAUUAGAAGUAUGAAUCAAGAGGACAAACGGGUAUUCUCCUCAAUAUUGGAACACCAACAAGGAUGCAAUAUGAUUUUGGUGAAGGAAGAUAAUAGGAUUGAAGAUGCAAUCCAGAAAAAUAUAGACAAAGCUCAUGAAAAGGAUUACAGGGCAGCCGCAGGAGGAAACACAGCUUCACCUCUAUCUCAAAAGUGCAAGUCAGUUAGCAACAACUUAGAAGAGAACAAUAACUUGGACUCCUGUGUGUCAGAGUUUCACUGUUCUUCUCCACAGACAGCUUCGUCAAACCCUCAAUUGCGAGCUACUGUCCUAAGUGUUCUAUCAAAUGAUAUAAAGGGUAACUGCACAGUAUCAACGCAUAUAGAAUCAGAAUGCUCAUCUACUCAAGCUGAAAUCUCACACAAUCAAAAUGAGGUUCAUGUAUAGCAUCAUCCUAUCAUUUUAAUUAUGUGAGUAAUCUUAAUUAUAGAAGCAUAAUAGGAGGAUGCAGAACACUCGAAGUCGGCGCCAGAAAAUCAGGAGUUAAUUGAAGCCUGCUGUAUAUUACUGUUGUGCUGAGUAUUGAUUCAUACACGCUCACCAACACAGCUUGUUCAGCAAAUAGGUAACUCUUUUUCACUGCCUCAAAAGUUGAUGCCAAGUCCAUAUUGGGCUAUGUUUGACUUCAGCCCUCCUUAUUUGAAAUUUGGGCUGACUUAGUAGUGUUCAGUCUAUUUUGAAUCCCUAGUAGUCCAGGUUUCCUUGAACGCAUUGAUGCCUUGGUUUGAAUUUAGAGAGCAUUGCUGCAAAAAGUUGACCACUUGAGAACAAACUUCAUUUAGGUGAACUGAACUUUGUCAAUGUUUUAUAGAUUUAGGGCGUCCAUAUUCUAUCUAAAGAAAUCAAAAGUAUCUCUACCUAAAUGUCAUAACAGAUCCAAUCAUUAAUCUCAUGCUCCACAUGCGACCAUUUUGUUAUAAGGAAAAUAGAAAAGAAAUCUAAUACUAAUAGGCGUCAAUCUGAAGGAUCAAUUAGAAACAUGUUUAGGGAGCAAAGUGUAUCAUUCCAUUUCUUCUUGUGGUACCCCUUAGCCAGAUCCAUGAUAAGUUGGCGUGCAACUUUACCGGCACGGCACGUGAGUCAACUCAACUGCUUCCCAGAUGACAUUUAAUGGUGUCCCUUGCUCGAGAAAUGCCCAUGACAAGAAAUUGGUCAACUCUCAAUUAGUUAAUUUUGCCCAUACGAUGCCCCUUUGUGUUCUUUGAUCCAUGAAUUCUAUUUUGUUAUCUCUUUUGGGAUAGAAACCAAGACACCCUUAAACAGAUGGAACCCAGCAGCGCCGAUUAAAUUACUAAGAUCUUGAAAACUUGGAACUACCGUAGGAUUAUUAAACAAUGAAGGAUAUAAUUAGCUUGGUUGGAGUUACUUUUAGAAUUGAUGAAGCGUUUGUACACUACCUAAUGCGGUCAGAAACAUGCAUAUUUAGAGUGCUUUACGCAAUUAUUUCUGAAAAGUUAUUAAAAUUGUAAAUACGUUUGCUUGCCGAUUUAGAUCAUUAUAUGAUUCUCUAGUAUUUGGUUUAUUGACUUUCUUAACUACUACACUAUAUUGUGAUAUGGGAUUCAAAGACUAAGGAUUUCAGUGGAUGAUGAUCUUUGCUAUGGAAUGUAGUUUAGUUGGGUAGUUCCCUAAAUUUCAAGCCUGAAAAGACUACAAAAGUUAAUCCAAGGAAUAAAGAAGCUGCAAAGAACCAAAAAUCCAGGCUUUUUCCAGCUUCGUGUCUAGGGUAGACCCACCUAAAUCUUUGGAGUAACACCCACUCCACUAAGCUUCUAAACAAUGGGGACUUUGAUUCGCAUAAAGAAAUCUCUUACUCGUUAAUUGCAAUAGCUGCUUUAAGACUAAGCCUUUCUUAGUUUUUAUUUUUAUUUUUAAUAUUUGAGUGAGGCCUCUCUAGGUAUGAUCAGGGGGUAGAUUGGUCUGCCAAAGGUUGAAGGAAAGAACAGUCGAGGGAUUAAACAAUCAAAUGUGGAGUCCAGAAUUACAAACGGCACACUAUGUGUGCCAUAAACCGUGGAACAAGUCAUUAAAGAUGUCUCCCUCUAUCAACCACAAAAGUAGAGACGUCUAAUAGU